CGGGCCGCUAGCUAGGAGGCGUGGUACACAACGAGCUUCAUAAAAUCGAUCCGAAUAAAAACAUAACGUAAAUACAGAUUUUGUUCUAAGUAUAUAUAUUUUUAUAACUCUAAUCUUUCGAUAAACAAAUACGUCUUCGUUAUGCGAUAGCUUAUCGAGCUCUCAGUCUUCCACAUUCAUUUGUGAGUACGAGCCGUGCAAUUAGCUGGCUAACAAUAGUCGUUGUGAUGGAUUAUGACUGGGCUGUGAACUGAGUGAUAAUUGAUGAGUGUGACAGUUGUAUUGACAUCAUCAUCAUCAAGAUGACAAGAUCCACGUACAGACCUCUCGUGCCGCGAUCCUCAAACCAAUCCUUGGAGAAUAGAGACAUGGGGACGACGUCGCCGCCCGGCGAGCCGUUGGUGCGAGUGCCGGUGGGGAAGCCAAGAUGUCCGCCGGCGAUCUCCCGGUUGCGAGUGGAAAAGGUGGAAGGCGGGCUGGCCGUCGCGGGCGUGGUGGUCGCAGCCAACUGCCAGAUCGUGCUGCCCAUAUUCGGGUUCCUAUUCAUGCUCGUCGGCUGCGUCCUAACUGCGGCAUCGUACCGCGGUUGUGGUGAGAACGAAGAGCCGGAUCACUACGCAGCACGCAUCGCGUUCACGGGUAACUCCCGCGUGCUGGGCCCCGUGUGCAUCGUUGCCGGCGCUAUCAUGACUCUGGCCGGUAUCGUGUUAUGUAUGCUAAUGCGUGCUGCACAGCGGCGGCAGCGGAGGUUAGCGUUCCACUGCCCCAUCCAUGGAGACUUCUACCCACUAAGUCCGCAGAACAGCAGGAAAUACUCACGUAGUCCAUCAGGCGUGUGGCGGUGGGUGGUAGGCUGGCUGGGCAUGGGCGAGGAAGGCGAGACCCCGCGCUGCCCGCGCUCCACCGAGCCCGCCUCACCCGCGCGCGCCGACGCACCCUGCCCGCCGCCGCUACCCUUCCUCGUGCCCUCCGACUCCGUGGUAGGAAUGGCGUCGGUGCUAGGAGCGCCCCUCAGCCCGGAGCAAACAUUCGGUUCUAUCAAAUCUCUAGCGAUAUCGAGGGAAGUGGCCAGCUUCCCGCUCUCACGUUCCCCUACCCCGCCCCCCUUGAGCUGCCCUCCAUUCAAAGACGACUCGAAAUGCGUCGAAAACAGCAUUCCGAACACUGUGACGCGUCCAGACUUCGAUUGCGGGACCCCCUCCUGCAACUACAGAGUGGUCGAAUGUAAAAUUACAACCACGGACGAAAUAUCACGUAAUCCACCCAGUGUUCCCGAACCACAAGUACACACAAUCCAGGAAAAAACACUAAAUAAUACACAGACAAGACCCAAUACAGUUUCCAUCACUAUUCCAGAUGAAGGCAAAGGUUAACCACUAACCGAAAAGUGAACUAGACUUCGUAUUAGAAAAAUAUAUGACGUUCAAAGGAAGUGAUUGAUGCGCUGUUUGUUGUUUAUAAAUCGGAGAAUGUGAUCGGUUAACGUCGGAUUAUUGUAAUCGAAUACCCCGUCUUUCUAAUUAACACUGUACAUAAAUUGAUAAUACGAACAUAAAAUUCAUUAUUAUACAGUAAAGGCGCUUCGAAAACAUUUGAAAUAUCUGCUCAAACAAUCACAUUCGUCUUCCGCUGGCGCUCACUUUUAUCGAACACCCGACAAAAUUUUAAAUUAGUUAUUAUGUUUUAGUUAACAAAUUAUUUUUAUUUUUUUGUGAAGCCUUACAUGACUUCAGCUAGGGUGCAAUAAUAUAGUUAAUUGGAACACUGCAGUCCUUAUUCUUGGCAAUAAAUUGCACCAAAUUUUAUAAAAAAAACAUAUAAUAUGAAAUAUGUGAGAGAGAUCGUUGAAACAACGUUCGUUGGUAUGUAAAUUAUAUUUUAGAAUAAUGUAUUACGUAUUCUGAUUUUUACUGGAAAGCAUUUUGUUUUGUGAACUUUCAUUUUGCUAAUGUAACGCGCAUUACAUACACAUUCUAGUCGUUUUGGUAUAUAGAAAAUUGAUCUUUUAUCUAUUACUAUCAUCGUAACUCGCAGACAGCUAUCUGGGGCCAUGGGACCAUCAUUUACUUGUUUUAUGGGACAACACGAGAUCUCUAUAAUGGGCCUAAUGGCCAAGAUGCUAACUUUAAGAGAUAUAUUCACUGCUGAUAUAUAAGCUGUCUGUGUCGACCUAAUCUAAUCAUCGUAGGAAAGAGUUUCUAAUAUUGGCUCAGUAGGAUAAAAUCGUUCCUCAUUAUGUUAAUGUACUAUACCUAUUUAAGGAUUUGUCCAAUAAAAUCAUUUUUUAUUAAGUGUCUUAGUUAUAUACAUUAAGAGUACCCUAGAUAUAGUUCCGAAAUGUGAUAUUUUUUGUUUAAUUUAACAUUGUUGACUUUUAACAGUACAAUAUUCAUCACUAUUGGAAUGGGUACCUAUUUGAAAUUAUGACCAUAAUCAUUAAUAAUAAAAAUAAUCGUAUGUAGGUAUAUUUUCAGGAUAACAUACAAAUUUUAGUUAACUAAUAACUAACCCGGAAAUAGAACGUGCUUACCUAUCAUCUUCCAAAAAGCAAAAUUAACAUUCCACUUGAAAAUAAUGAGGAUUUUCUAAAAUGUCGGAUGCUAGGUGGCAGUACCAUAGCACGGUAAUAAUAGAUAAUAUUACCGUGACCAUAGUCAGCAUCAAGGUGAAAACUCCACACCACUUCUUUCAAAAUAUUGAGCUUAAUUUAUGAUUCUCUGAACCCAAACUUAAUUUGAUAGUUGUGUCGAUACCAGCAGGGUUCUCUUAAUCUAAACUUAACUUUGACAACAGUGUAUCCUUGUUAUUCUGUAUACAGAAUGAAAUAGAGAAAUUGAUGUUAUUUUUUAGUGAAUCAUACCAGAAUCGACACCAGUACCUAGUGAAACUUUAUCAUGAUAUAUGGAAAAUAAAGAAAAAAGGUUCAAUAGCGAAUUGCUACGUUCGUAAAAAACCUGAUUAAAAUUUAGCUCUAAGUUUAGAAAAUCAGCAGCUUGCAUAACGUUUAAGAACUCAUUUACUCAAUCAACGAUAUCGUUGGCCCUAAUGAUCACAGUGGCCCAUGAAUAAAUUUUCUUGAAAAUAAAUCUCAUUGUUAGGAACAUAACAGCCAAAGUUUUGUAGGUACUGCUACUGAAGAUAGUUUAAUUUAAUCAAUUAAAACACAAUCUUUUUUUGUAUUACAAAUGUUCUAUUUCCAUGUUUAAUAACUCUUUAGGAUUUAUCGUAUCAUAUUUUUUCUAAGAAAAAGGUACAUUAAUACACCUUAACGGGGACCCAACGUGUCGUGACUAAACCUACUACGCCCAUCCUGCUACUAAUAGCGCACUAUAAUGAAUUUGUUUCUUAAAUAUUUAUAUAUAAUUUUGGUAGACGAGCCAAAAGAAGUUGCCAAAAUAUUGUAUCGAUCACGUCCAUGAUUUUAAUUUUUUAUUUGCGUAAUACUUUAAAUUUUUGUGCUCAGAAAAGACAAUCUAGUAAGCAAAGAUUAGAUAAAGUUUGUAGUUCAUGAAUAUUUUAGAAUACAUAAGGUAUUUUAAGUGUAAGAAUUACAUUAUCAAUUUAUAAGUUUUGUGAUGAAGGCAUUUAUUGGCCAAGUUAAGUAUUUGAAAUUGUAAGGAAUGUAAUUUAUUAUAAUCUGUAGUUAAGUGCCACGCCUAAAAUUACAUCUAUUAUAAUAAAAUUAUUAUAUACAUAAUUUUAAGCUUAUUUAAUACUGUAAUAGUUGUAAGGUGAUGAAAAAUACAAAUUUGAGAUAAUGCUUGCUGUUUUAUUAGAAACCUGUUUUAUUUCAGGCGCCAGAUCCUUCAUAAUUAUAACUCAAUAGGUAUGUAUAAAGCUUAGUCUAAGAUUAAUAUUGUUGAUGGACAAUAAAGAGAAUUAUUACAAUAAUAUUAUCUAUUACAUAUAUUUUAUUUGAAACUACAUAACCCAGUGUAAAACCCUAUUUCCGAGAAACGGCCAAAUACAAAGACGUUAAUUCAUAGUUAGGGUUUUUUACUCAUACCCGAUUAAAUUGCCUCCACUGCAUGUAUGUAUGUCCGUCACAGGUCUCUAUCUCUUGAAUUGAAAAGGCAGAUACCUGAAAUUAUCGACUCCGUUUUUGUUUCGCCGACCAGUGAUAAUUUAUAAAAAAAAAUAUUUGGACUCAGAUUGGAACCCAAUUUUCACAUGAGAUCCGGCUCAUUUUGUAAGGUUAAUUUUAACUCUUUGUCUUCUUGUGGU